AUGCUGAUCGCCGACAUCAAGCAGAUGUACCGCCAAGUCCUGGUAGACGAGCAGGACACUCCACUGCAGCGAAUUGUUUGGCGAGUUUCCCCCGACACUUCGAUGGAAACCUUUGAACUAAAUACCGUAACAUACGGCACAGCCAGCGCACCGUACAUUGCAACGAGAGUUCUCCAGCAACUAGCCGACGACGAACGCGACGAGUACCCCGAAGCAGCUGAAGUUCUACGCAAGGAUUUCUACGUCGACGAUCUGUUUUCUGGUGGACGCAACAUAGCAGAAACAACCACUUUACGCAAGCAGCUCGACGCGCUGUUACUCAAGGGCGGUUUCGAACUCCGCAAAUGGGCAUCCAAUGAAGAAGUAGUACUAGAGGAUGUCCCAGAAGAAAAUCGUGCUGUACAAGGGUCGGUCGACCUAGACCGAGAUCCGUGCAUAAAAACGCUUGGACUGCACUGGGAACCGUCCACCGACCAGCUCCGCUACAAAAUUCAGCUUCCGACAUCGACGACAGACGCACCACUAACGAAACGCAUCGCACUAUCGUACAUCGCUCGUUUGUUUGAUCCGCUUGGGCUUGUCGGACCUAUCGUAACAACCGCAAAAAUAUUCAUGCAGACUCUUUGGACCUUGAAGGACGACGACGGCAAGAUUUGGAGCUGGGACAACGAAUUACCAUCAGCCAUCAAGGAACGCUGGCACGAGUACCAAUCGCAACUCCAUCGGUUGAACGAUUUGCGUAUCGACCGUUGUAUUCUUCUUUCUAAUCCCGUAUCAGUCCAGCUGCAUUUCUUCUCCGACGCUUCGGAACACGCAUACGGCUCGUGUGUCUACGUCCGCUCGACAGACGCAUCUAGAGCAGUUAAAAUCUGUCUGCUGACCGCAAAAUCGAAGGUAGCACCCCUGAAAAGGCAAAGCAUUCCCCGACUCGAGCUCUGCGGUGCCCUUCUGUCUGCCGAACUCUACGAGAAGGUGACGUCAUCGCUCCAGACACACGCAGAAACGUUCUUUUGGGUUGAUUCUACCAUCGUGCUGAGUUGGCUAAAUGCUUCUCCGUCGACCUGGACAACGUUCGUGGCCAAUCGAGUCUCCAAGAUUCAGACCGCCACGCAAAACUGCUCUUGGAAUCACGUAGCAGGCCAGCAAAACCCAGCAGACCACAUUUCCAGAGGGAUACCGGCAGAAACCCUUCUCCAAUGUGAUCCCUGGUGGCAAUGA